AUGUCUCAAGAACAACACGCAAACCUUGGAAGUAUAGAACAAGUAUCCUCAGAAGAUGUUUCAUAGAGAGCUUUUGAAACUUAUCAAAAGUCAAACUUUAAAGAAACUCAAAAGAUGUUGGAUAAACUGAAAACUAACUUAGAAAAGGAUUCUAGAUAUUAGUAAAAUUUGUUCAUUACAGAGUAUUAUGCUAACAAAUGCAAAUUUCCUCAGAAAUAUCUUAGUGAUAUGGUUAAUUUAGCCUAAGAUAUGGUGCAAAUAACAAAAGCACCAGUCUGCUCUAUAAAAGCCGUUCAAGAAAACGGACUAUCUCAGCAACUUGUGCAGUUCGGAAAUCUUUAUCAGACUCAAAUAAAUCCUCCUUAUAGCAGUCCCUAGUAGUAUAAUGAUCAAACUCAAGGAAUUCAUGGCUAAAAUACUAGUGGAGGUGUUUAGCAUAGAACAGGUACAUCAACUAUUCAGAAAUCUAAUAACCAGUCAUCAAGUAAUGAUGGUGUCCAAGGAUUUCCAUUAAGUUUAGGAGAGGUAAAUCCCGUCCUAUUAUAUAAUAUUGCGGCAUUGAGCUAUCAGCUCUAGUAGUAUGGCAAAUCUCUAAGCUACUUAAUAGAAAUAUUGAAAAACCUUGAAUAAGUUGAGGAAUUCCUAAUGAUUAAGAGUUUAUUCUUAAUGCUUCAAAUACUUUAUGAAUUAAGAUAGCCAGCAUCAUCAUGGCCAAUUAUAGCUUAUUUAGAGCUAAAGCUUAGGGAAUUCUCUUAAAUCAUCUAGUAGAAGUAAUUAAUCAGAAAUUUUCAGCAUUAGGAAGAUCAAAAGUCAAACAAUUAAAACUAGGAAGAAUCAAAGUCAGAAGGUUCAGGCUCAGGAGAAUAACUAGAUGAGAGCGUGUUAAACAAGAAUAGUUUUUGCAUAGUGAACUCAUCUUAUCUCAGAAAACAUGCCAUAUCUCCAAAGAACAUGAAUAUUCAUGAGUAUAAGUUUUUGUUGCAUAGCUAUAAGGCUAUUUUCAUGAUACUUUAAGAUGAAAUUCAACUUGCUCAAGCUGAAAUAAAACUUGCUAGUGAAUUAAAAGAUAGAUAUGGGUAGGAUCCAGUUAAAGUAAAAACUCAAAUUAAUGUCCUCGCAAUGGUGCAGCAUCUUGGAAUGGUCAAUAACCUUAAAGCCUAGAUUUAUUUCAAAGAAGGGAAUUACCUAAAAUGUAUUAAAACAUUGACUUUAGAUGAGAAACCAAGCAGUAGUCCUCAUCCAUCCUGCAAGUAUUAAAAGCAUAGCGAUGAUCAAAGUAAAAAUGACUCAGUUUAUCAAAAGUGCUAAAACUCUUUUCCCCACUAUUAUUUUAAUAACUUGGGAAUCGUACACUUGAAACUCUAAAAAUAUAAUCUCGCUAUUUUCUAUUUCUCAAAAGCUCUCAAAUAUGUGGAAAAAAGCUAAAAUGGUUAACCAACUUUAUAAUUUGAUUAAGAAAAUCCAAAUGAGCAUAUAAGUCAUCUAAAUACGCAAAAAGUCUCAGAAAUUCUCUAUAACUACGGACUGGCUUUAUUCAAAGUUUAAAGAUACUAAGAGGCAUUCAGAUGCUUUGAAAAGGCUUCAUUAGUGCUUAGACACCAUCCAAGAACAUCAUAGCAUAAGAGAUUUGUAUUAAAUCAGCAAGGUGAUCCAUUGAAAAACUAAGAGAGCUUAGUUUCUGACUAUGAUCAAACCUAGCUAGAAAAACUAAAGUAGCAACAAUAAGAGAUUCUUAAAUCUCAGAAUUUGGGUUAUCAAUAAAAAUAGACUAAAGCUUAAUAGAAAAAAGAAAAACUAGCAUAGCAGCAAAAAUAGAGCCAAGUAAACAUGCCACCAGAUUCUAUGAGCCUGCAAAGCUCAAUAAUGUAUCUUUAAAAUGCAUUGAUGGGCAUUGAGGAGUAAAAAAAUAAUGAGAUUAACUACUCAAUGUAUAUUAAAUUUAUUCUCAGACAGCAAAAUAUCAACUAUCAUAUCAACAAUGAAAGAGUUUCAGCGACAUAAUACGGUUCUGCUUCAGGAGUAAACUAAACAAUAUCAGAUUCACUUUCAGAGUCAACUGACGCUUAAAGCAUUCUAAGUGGAGAAGAGAGCUCUUCAGUGAUGGAUUUCCCAUAGAAUUAACAAGAACUUAUAGCCUAUAAAUAAUUUACUGUGAUGCAAUAUAUUGCAGAGGCUCAUUCUAUGCUUGGCCAAUAUUAAUAGGCUCUAGAAUGCUUAAAGCUAGAAAAUGUUCUUGACAAUGAAGUGAGGCUUAAGGUUGACAACUUAGCGAACAGUAUGAGUGAAGAAAACCCAAUUACAUCAAAGAUCAUCCAACAAGUGAACAUUUGUGCAAUUUAGAUGAGUGCUGGUAAUAUGGAUCAAGCCAAAUUAGCUGUUGACUAAGUUCUUGAGACUCUAGAACUGAAACUAUAAACUACUGAAAUGGAGUCUAAGUACCUACUUCCUUCUUAUUUAAUCAACCUGCUGAUUUAUUUCUAUAUGAAAACAAAACCAGCAGUCUCAGGGUAGAUUUCAAUUGCUCAAAAAUCAAGAAACAAAUCAAAGACUAUGAUUAGAAAUUUCUCUUGA